CAGUGGCCAGCGCAGGGAGGGCCCGGCCCCGGGAUGCCGCACGCAACUCAGCUGUACCAGCAUGUGCCGGAGUCACGCUGGCCCAUCGUGUAUUCCCCACGCUACAACAUAACCUUCAUGGGCCUGGAGAAACUGCACCCCUUUGACGCAGGAAAAUGGGGCAAAGUGAUCAGCUUCCUAAAAGAAGAGAAGCUUCUGUCGGAUGGCAUGCUGGUGGAAGCGCGGGAGGCUUCGGAUGAGGACCUGCUGGUGGUGCACACAAGGCGCUAUCUCAACGAACUGAAGUGGUCCUUUGCUGUUGCGACCAUCACAGAGAUCCCCCCAGUCAUCUUCCUCCCCAACUUCCUUGUGCAGAGGAAGGUGCUGAAGCCCCUUCGGACCCAGACGGGAGGAACCAUCAUGGCAGGGAAGCUGGCCAUGGAACGAGGCUGGGCCAUCAAUGUGGGUGGCGGCUUCCACCACUGCUCCAGUGACCGGGGCGGGGGCUUCUGCGCCUACGCGGACAUCACACUGGCCAUCAAGUUUCUGUUUGAGCGAGUGGAAGGCAUCUCCAGAGCCACCAUCGUUGAUCUCGAUGCCCAUCAGGGCAAUGGGCAUGAACGGGACUUCAUGGGUGACAAGCGCGUGUACAUCAUGGAUGUCUACAACCGCCACAUCUACCCUGGGGACCGCUUUGCCAAGCAGGCCAUCAGGCGGAAGGUGGAGCUGGAGUGGGGCACGGAGGACGACGAAUACCUAGAUAAAGUGGAGCGGAACCUUCAGAAGGCCCUCCAGGAGCACCCGCCUGACGUGGUGGUGUACAAUGCCGGCACAGACAUCCUGGAGGGGGACCGCCUGGGGGGGCUGUCCAUCAGCCCACAGGGCAUCGUGAAGCGGGAUGAGCUGGUGUUUCGGGUGGUCCGUGGCCGCCAGGUGCCCAUCCUUAUGGUGACCUCUGGUGGCUACCAGAAGCGCACAGCCCGCAUCAUCGCUGACUCCAUCCUUAAUCUGUACAGCCUCGGGCUCAUCGGGGCUGAGUCCCCCAGUGUCUCGGCACAGAACUCAGACACACCCCUGCUGCCCCCUGAGGUGCCCUGACCACGCUCUUGCCCUUCUGCUCUUCUGCGCGGCUCCCUGCCUGCCUCAGCCCCACCCGCCCCUCAGUGCUUCUCCUUUUCUAACCACGGGGUUGGUGGGGGCAGCAGCCAGGAGGCGCCGAGGGGCGGGGGCCUGUCCCUGACUGGGCCGGCCUUUGGGGAGGUCCCUCCACUCUCCCCACUGGGUGUCCCUCUGUGGGUAGGGGCGGAAGACAGGGCCUGAGCCCUAGAAGACCUCGUGUGGGGGUCAUGGGUCUAACCAGGCCCUGCAGAGGUAGGCGGUUUCGCCAGGAGGGAGAACGGCAGGUGAGGCUUUGGGGGCACAAGUCAUAGGAUUUGUUUCACCCUCUCCUCAUGCAGGAAGGGUAUGAGGAGCCACGGGCGCCCGUGUGAGUGGGGCCAAGAGCUGGGGGUUGCAGGUAGGCCUCUGGGGGUGUGGGGUCUGGAUUCCCAGCCGGCGGGAGCCCUAGGCCUGGAUGUGAGGUGUGGCUGGGAAGGGGGUGCCAGUGGGUUUUCUCAUCUGGUAUUCCCCUUUCAAUAAAGCAAGAGCUGGACCUAUUUUUCCGGGGCUCCUUGGUGGGGAUAAGGGGAGGGGAGGGUCCGAGGAGCCCCAAAUCCAUGCUUCAGCCAUUGUCUUGCCUUUUUAGGGAAAGAAGCAGGUUUUGGAGGAAGAACAUUUGGCUCUGUGAUGGGCCUCAGCACCGGAGGCUUGAGGGGGCUUCCAGCCCCAGUGGGGAGGGGACAGAGGAAGAUGAGGCCCAGAAGGGGAUCUUGGGGAUGGGAGCAGGUGGCCAAGCUAGGACCCAAGGCCCCAAGUAAGGACCGAGGUGCUGGUGGCCAGGCUAGAGCUCCUGGAGGGAGGGCAGAGGUCUCCAUCCUGGCCUGUAGGUUUUAUGGAUAGGAGCUAGGGCAGGGCCUUGAGUUGCGGGGGAGGGGGCUAUAGGCUUCACUGGCCUCACCCAUAGUGCCCAAGCCCUGAUGGCGCUUGGAGUCCAAGGUCCCAAGUGGGCCCUGACAUCUGGCCUUUGAAAUGCUACAGACCCUGACCUUGUUUUGUGCUCUGAUCUGAAGGGGACACUCGGUCCCCCAGGAGGCUGGGUGCUGGGGGUGGUAUCCGCCCCUCAUUCCCUGGGUGCGUUCUUAGACAGUGAUCACAAGUGGGGGGUAGGGAGGGAAAGUGGGCCAGCUGAGGCUUCCGUAUGCCUGACCAACCCCACAUGGGGGACUCCUGUUCAUUAACAUUUGGGGGUACUCUUGCAUUCUCCCACAUACUCCCUUGGUGCUCUCUCUGCUGGAGGACGGGGGAAGGGUUUCAAAGGCAUAAACAUCAAAAAGACUGACCUCCUGGACUAGACCUCGAGGCACUAACCGCGCACUUGGACUCCCACACCUGCCCCCCGUCCUAGCCAUUGGUUUCUCUGCACCUGACUGAAGGUACCUAACAUCCUCUCAUUUCCACCUGGGGCCUGCAACAUCUGGGGGCAGGCAGUGGGCUCCCUUCAUCACCAUUGAGCUUCUGUUUGUAGAGAACCAUAAAGGCUGUUCUUGACUA